AAUCACAGUGAGCUGUCGUGUCCCAGUCCCUGACGGCGAGACACGAGGUCCAAAAAGCAGAAAUCGUCCACUUGUAGUUCAAUAACACAACUCUCUCCUGAUCAGUAUGAGGAGGUCUUUUCCGCUGUCCGGGGGGCUCUGGGUGGUCCUGUGCUGUUUCCUGUUGACCGUUCACGCUCACGGGGAUCAUCAUGAGCAGAAGCAGGGCGAAGCGGCUGGGGAGAGUGCAGGCCACGUCCCCACUCACGGCCGAUUCGAUAAAAACAUGGUUCAGGAUCAAGAUCACAUCAUGGAGCAUUUGGAGGGUGUGAUCGACAAACCAGAGAAAGACAUGACGCCUCAGGAGCUGCAGCUGCACUACUUUAAAAUGCACGACUACGACGGGAACAACCUGCUGGACGGACUGGAGCUGGCCACGGCCAUCACACACGUGCACAAAGAGGAGAGAGGAGAGGACAGCGCGCCGAUGAAGGAGGAAGACCUGAUCACCCUCAUCGACGACGUUCUCAAAGAUGACGACAAAAACAACGACGGAUACAUCGACUACGCAGAGUUCGCCAAAUCCCUCGAGUAAAGUCUGUGACCCCCUUGUGACACGGACUUAUUUCAGCUCUAAGACUGUGAGCGCACACAAAACGUCACCAGGAACUAGAAACUUAAAACUAGAGGUGGCCGAUAUUUCAUCUACAACAGUCAAACAAUCAAACAUUUCACACCAAGUACCACCUACGAAAAUAUUUAGCCUUCAAAGUCCCACAAGAUCUAAAGCAGGUCUACAGCAGGACACUAAACUAGGGCAAAAUCAGACCUAAAAUGGGACUACGGAAGCUCUAAACAACCCAAAGAAGGAUAAAAAUAUGAAUAAAAUUGAAACUAGAACUAAAAUCGAACUGAAGGGAAUUACGUGUACAACCUGAACUAGCACACACACCACAGUUUGAGAAUUACCUAAUGUUUUAAAGGUGCAUUAUGUAAGUUUUCUGCCUCCUGUCUCUGUGGAAAUAUUUUGUUUAGUGUGUUCCACAGUACGGCUUUAAACUUGCUCAUUUGUGUUCAGCUACGGUGUUUUUAUUGCUAGAAAUGCAUUGAAUUUAUGUUUAUAUUACCGUAUUUUCCAAACUAUAAGUCGCUCCAGCCAAAAAAUGAGCGAUGAAGAAGAAAAAAACAUAAGUCACACUGGAUUAUAAAUCGCACUUUUUGGGGAAAUGUAUUUUAUAAAAUCAGAGACCAGGAACCGACAUUUCAUCUUGAAAAGCAAGUUAUAGAAAUAACAAUAGAACAGAGAACAACAGACUGUUAACGUCACAUAUGAACAGUUCUUCAGAUAAACUAUAACAUAAACAACAGAACAGAACAGGUUUAACAAACUCUCCAUCUCACUCCAAAUCACUAAAUCCAUUGAAUUCUUUAUCCUCAGUGUCACUUCUGAGCAACUCCACGACCUCCAGAGGUAAACCAGAGAGCCGCUUCCUCUUCUGUGUAGCUG